GAGGAUUCAGUGUUUUGGAUUCAGAAGACUGUUGUGGGCCUCUCAAGGUGGAGGCCUCCAGCAGCCAGCCACAGAUAGUAAAUUUUGGAGGCUUUGCAAGUAGCUGAGCGACUGAAACUGUUCCCGUUUUACUGCUAUUAUAGCCUGGCAGAAAAAGGCGAAGACCUGGAGCUAGGCGCCUCCCUGAGAUGGCAGCCAAGGGCAGUUUCCACUAACACAGAAUGUAACGGUUGUUGAAGGCGGAACUGCAAUUUUGACCUGCAGGGUUGAUCAAAAUGAUAACACCUCCCUCCAGUGGUCAAAUCCAGCUCAACAGACUCUGUACUUUGAUGACAAGAAAGCUUUAAGGGACAAUAGAAUUGAACUGGUUCGAGCUUCCUGGCAUGAAUUGAGUAUCAGCGUCAGCGAUGUAUCUCUUUCUGAUGAAGGACAAUACACCUGUUCUUUAUUUACAAUGCCUGUCAAAACUUCCAAAGCCUAUCUUACUGUUCUGGGUGUUCCAGAGAAGCCUCAAAUUAGCGGGUUUUCAUCACCAGUCAUGGAGGGAGACUUGAUGCAGCUUACUUGUAAAACAUCUGGCAGUAAACCUGCAGCUGAUAUAAGAUGGUUCAAAAAUGAUAAGGAAAUUAAAGAUGUAAAAUAUUUAAAAGAAGAAGAUGCAAAUCGCAAGACGUUCACCGUCAGCAGCACGCUGGAUUUCCGAGUGGACCGCAGCGAUGACGGCGUGGCAGUCAUCUGCAAAGUAGACCAUGAAUCCCUCAAUGCCACCCCUCAGGUGGCGAUGCAGGUGCUAGAAAUUCACUAUACACCAUCAGUAAAGAUUAUACCAUCCACUCCUUUUCCACAAGAAGGACAGCCUUUAAUUUUGACUUGUGAAUCCAAAGGAAAACCACUGCCAGAACCUGUUUUGUGGACAAAGGAUGGCGGAGAAUUACCAGAUCCUGAUCGAAUGGUUGUGAGUGGUAGGGAGCUAAACAUUCUUUUCCUGAAUAAAACGGAUAAUGGUACUUAUCGAUGCGAAGCCACAAACACCAUUGGCCAAAGCAGUGCAGAGUAUGUUCUCAUUGUACACGAUGUUCCCAACACUUUGCUUCCCACUACUAUCAUCCCCUCCCUUACCACUGCAACAGUCACAACCACUGUAGCCAUAACAACCAGUCCAACCACAACUGCAACAACCAACAGCAUCAGAGAUCCCAAUGCUCUGGCUGGCCAGACUGGUCCUGAUCAUGCUCUUAUAGGAGGAAUAGUGGCUGUAGUUGUAUUUGUCACUCUGUGUUCUAUUUUUCUGCUUGGUCGUUAUCUGGCAAGACAUAAAGGAACAUAUUUAACAAAUGAAGCUAAAGGAGCUGAAGAUGCACCAGAUGCUGACACAGCCAUUAUCAAUGCUGAAGGCAGCCAAGUCAAUGCUGAGGAGAAAAAAGAGUAUUUCAUUUAAAAUGUGGGCCAAGAUUCUAAGUUUUACUUACCAGGCUGGCUGCUGGAGAAAACUGGCUAUCAUCUUUCAGAAUUCAUUUCUACCAUCUUCUGCUACCUUUAUUAACUUCCAUACUGUACUGCUAUCAGUAGCCAGUGUAUACCAACAAUCAGCUGUCAAAAGCAUCAUUCUUUAAUUACUGUACCAUCCAUAAUGCAGGACAUUUCUUACUGCCUAAAUUCCACAUCAUUGCUCUUUUAACAUACAGUGCUUGAAUAUACAGCCUUAACAAUGUUAAUCAUCUCCUUGGACCAUGAUAUUGAAUUGUUUUUAUACAUUGAAAGAAAUGUAUGAAGUUUUUUUUUCCCCCCUCAUUCUUUUUCCCCUUCAAAUCAUAUACCUUCUCAGCUUACCAUUGGACAGUUUCACAAGGAACAGGAAAAGGUGAUGACCGAAUGUGCUUAAGUUUAAUCAGAGAUUAGAGGUUUACAAAUAAUGUUUUCUACAUGUCUUCCUUCAAAGACAUGAUUUGGAAACAUACCCUAGAAAACAUACACUGAAAACACUAGUGUAGAUUCUGGAAUGUUUGAGAUUAUAUUGGUAAUGCUGCAUCAAUUUGCUAUAUGAAAUUAUAGUAUUUGAUACAGGAGCCUUGUGUAUGGAUUCUAAUGAUGACAGACAUCUUAUAUAAUUAUAGAGAUCCUACCUUUAGGUUAUUUUAGCUUCACUUACCAAUACAUUGAUCCAAACAUUUUACUACUUUGGGAAUAACAAAGAUUUCAUCCAUUUCUCUAAUUUGAUUCUAUAAUUUAUUUGUUCCACAAGGAUUCACAUGCCUAAACAGAACUGAAAUAUCCAUAGGGCACAAUUUUGAGACAUUUUAGUAUUUGUAUAUAGUGCAUAUAAUAAAUCCACUUAAACAUUAUUUGAUACAUAUUUAACUUUUUUGGCUGUAGGUAAUUCAGUCAUAAAUAAGCAUUUUCUAAUGUCCAUUAUAUCCCUUUAGAUAUUAUUACUUAAACCAAUAUUAUAAGUAGAUAACAUGUGUUAGUAUUUUUGUCUGUAUGUCCUAGCACUGUUCAACAACAAAUUUUUCUAGUUCUUGUUAAUUUUUAUUUGUUAUACAACGGAAGCACAAUGUUAUAAGGAAAGGUAAUUUUAAGCUAACAACCAGUGCACAGCCUCAGGUUUUAAAUUACAACCACAGUUGAAUAAUAACCUAAAAAUAAACUCUUAGUUUGCUAAAAAUUUACAAAUUUUAAUUUGACCGUUCCAGAACUGCUUACCUAUGUUGGUUUGCCAAAAAAGAUGUGUUUAAAAUAUGUUUUCUGUAUAAAUGAACUAAUUCUUUAUAUUAAAUUCCUGUCUAUGCAUUUUGUGAGGUACAAACUUAUAAAACAGUGAGUAAUAGAGAAUUUCUGCCAUGCUUUUAACUCCAAGGUGAAAGUCUCUUUCUCUGGAUUAUUUCUGAAAUUUUUGGUGUAUUUAACCAUUAAGAAAUACUGUAUUCUUAAAUAUGACACAGAGUCAACCUAAAGUCAUAUUAUUUCUUCUAGUAAAAUAUAAUAUUGCUAGAUUAGUUCUCAUUAAAUUUAUUAUAUGCUAAAGAUUCAAAAUCCAGUUAGAUAAAAAUUAUUUUCCCAUUCACAAACAUUGCACCUUUAAGAAGAAAACAAAUGUGACAAUAUGGUAGCUAUACUUGAGAUGUCUGAAAGCAUGAUGGCCUAUGGUUUUAAAAAUAAUAUCUUGGAAUUUAUUUUUGGGGAAUGAGAAUGGUUGAGUAUGACAUCAUGUAUUAAUAUCAAAUGAAAGACAAGGGUGCUGUAUCUUAUUUAUCAGAAAGUAUAAAUCUUUUAAAGACAACAUUAGAAUUUUUAAAUUGUUUUUUCUUAUUGUUGAAGCAUUUAUCUUGUUGAUUUCUUACAAAAGAAAAAGGACGAUGUCAGUCAAGCAGCACUUUUUCAGAAUAUACAGAACAUAAAUAAUAUGAUGUGGUUGAGUGUUAACAUAAUAAAUCAUAUACAGUAUGACAUUUUAAG